AGCGGAGUCCAACGCCGGCAGGAUGUCCCUUGGCGCCUACUGUGUCAUCUGUUGCAGAAGAAUAGGAAUCUUUACUCCCCGUUUAAGAAGUCACACACCCUGGAGAAAUAUCCGGAAUAUAAUAAGACUCACCGGAUCUCUCAUUUUAGGGGGGUCUUUGUUUCUUACGUACGAAGUUCUGGCCCUGAAGAAGUCUGUAACGUUGGACACGCAGGUGGUGGAACGGGAGAAAAUGAAGUCUUACAUCUAUGUGCACACAGUCCCUGCAGACAAGGCAGAAAGUCAUGGGCUUGUUUGGCAGGCAAGAAAAGAGCUUCACAAAGCAGUAAGGAAAGUGUUGGCAGCAUCAGCCAGGGUACUGCGGAGCCCGUUUGCUGACUCUUUCAGCACAGUUGACAUAGAAGACCAUGAUUGUACGGUGUGGCUGCUGCUGAGGAAGAGCGGGGAGGACGAUAAAGCUUCGCGACUGCAGGCUGUGCAGGAGCUGUCAGAGGCCCACCACUGGCACGACUACCAGUACAGGAUAAUUGCUCAAGCCUGUGACUCAAGGACCCUUAUUGGUUUGGCACGAAGCAAACAGAGUGACUGUCGCUUUUUUCUCCCGCCGCCUCCUCUGCCCUCUUUAAAAGAAGAUUCCUCCACUGAAGAGGAACUCAGACAUUUGCUGGCUUCUCUACCUCAGACCGAGCUUGAUGAAUGUCUCCAGUAUUUUACAUCCUUGGCUCUUAGUGAGAGCAGCCAGAGCCUGGCUGCGCAGAAGGGAGGACUGUGGUGCUUUGGAGGAAAUGGACUUCCGUAUGCGGAAAGCUUUGGCGAAGUUCCCUCAGCCACAGUGGAAAUGUUCUGCCUAGAAGCUAUAGUAAAGCAUUCAGAGAUCCCCUCACACUGUGACCACAUUGAAGCAGGCGGGGGAUUGCAGCUACUGCAGAGGCUCUACCAGCUUCACAAGGACUGCCCCAAAGUACAGAGAAACGUCAUGAGGAUCAUCGGGAACAUGGCCUUGCAUGAGCAUCUUCACCCUGCUAUAGUGCGCUCAGGCUGGGUGUCCUUAAUGGCAGAAGCUUUGAAAUCCUACCACAUUAUGGAGGCUUCCCAUGCUGCCAGAACCCUGGCGAAUCUAGACCGAGAAACUGUGCGAGAGAAAUACCAGGACGGGGUGUACGUGCUCCACCCCCAGUGUCGGACAAGUCAGCCCAUUAAAGCCGAUGUCCUUUUUAUCCAUGGCCUUAUGGGGGCAGCAUUUAAAACCUGGCGGCAGCACGACAGUGAGCGGGUUGUGAUGGAAAAUGACGUGGUGGAUGAGAACAGGUACACUACAUGCUGGCCCCAGACAUGGCUAGCAAAAGACUGCCCAGCGCUUCGCAUUAUAUCCGUGGAGUAUGACACCAGCCUCAGUGACUGGCGAGCAAGGUGCCCCAUGGAAAGAAAGUCCAUUGCAUUCAGAAGCAACGAACUUCUCAGCAAGCUCAGAGCUGCUGGUGUUGGGGAUAGGCCAGUGAUUUGGAUAUCACAUAGCAUGGGAGGUCUUCUUGUCAAAAAGAUGCUGUUGGAGGCCUCCAGGAAGCCAGAACUGAGCGCCAUUAUAAACAACACCAGAGGAAUGAUUUUUUACAGCGUUCCGCACCACGGAUCUCGUUUGGCUGAAUAUUCAGUUAACAUUCGGUAUCUUCUCUUUCCUUCUUUGGAAGUCAAAGAACUCAGCAAGGAUUCUCCUGCACUCAAGACACUGCAGGAUGACUUUGUGGAGUUUGCGAAAGACAAGAACUUCCAGGUGCUGAACUUUGUGGAAACACAACCAACCUUUAUCGGCAGCAUGAUCAAGCUACAUAUAGUGCCCGUGGAGUCAGCAGAUUUAGGCAUCGGGGAUCUCAUUCCCGUGGAUGUCAACCACCUGGACAUUUGCAAGCCCAAGACAAAGGAUGCUUUUUUGUAUCAGCGAACACUACAGUUCAUCUGUGAAACUUUAGCUAGAGACCUUAAAAACUGACAGUCGUCGUCUUCCAUCCUUUGUGUGAAUUCAGUAUAAGAAACGUGGCAUUCUCCUCUUGUUAAGCUCUGUGCAGUCACGGUGGCAGCCUGGCCUGCAGGUGUGGUGCAGAACGCAGCUCUUCACGCAACACUGGGAAGUCUCACAUAGACCUGGACGCCACAGGGGAAGCGUUAAAUUGAGUUCCUCUGCUUUAAAAGAAACUCCAUUGUGGGGCUUGGGACCUAGGGACAGCUGCUCUGGCCAGAGUGCCUGUCCCCCUGAAUGAGAACUGUCCCAGCUUGUCCAAGAGCCCUAACAGGCAGGUCAGCAUACCAUGAAAUUGCCAUUUGGAGAUACCAGAGUAGAACUUACAGACGAAAGCCAUGCUUGUUGUGGGUGCCAUGUGCUGUGAUGUUUUAGUGCCAGUUUUUAAUUAACAUGCCAGUUACAUCUGGCACUUUCUUACAGGCCCAGCUGUAUGCAUGGGUCAGUCUUGUAUAACUUGUUUUUUUCAUAUUGCUGAGAAGAAUCUAUUUUUUUCUAAAUGUGGGACAUUUUCACUUUAUGCAGUAAUGUGCUCUGGGUCCGGAUAAAGUAAGGAUCAGCAUAUGAAAAACACCAAAGCUGUCAGAUACACUAACUGCAUGGGAGCAAGCGCUCGGAUCCUCUGCCUGCAUAAUGCGUAGCUUUCCUGUGUUCCCUUUAGAGGGACUUCCGGCACGGGGAGUAGGAAGUGGCGCUGAUGGACUCCGCUCUUUAGAGGGACUUCCUGCAUGGGGAGUAGGAAGUCGCGCUGAUGGACUCUGUUCCCGUGCUAGCAUUACUGACAUGAAUUUUUUUUUCUUUUGUGGUACUAAGGGAACAGACCCAGGCCCUUGUGCACACUAGCCAAGUACUCUGCCACUAAGCUACAUCCCAGCCCCCACUUUUUACCUUAAAGCAUACAUCUUACUGAUUUUUAGUGUAUUCGGAGAUACCAGCUAUCACCACAGUCCGUUUCAGACCAUUUUAUCAUCCUCGAAGCUCUGAGCAGUCCGUUCCCCCUCCUCUGUUACAUUCCCGCAGGUAUGUGGCUGAUGUUCAGAAAAAUGGUUCCAUCCCACCUUGGUCCUUUCCUGUCUCUCUGCCCCCCCCCCCCCAUAUGAGGUGAGCAGUUUUACUGAUCCUUACCAUUCUGCCAUGAUUCCUCCUCGAACUCUGCUGCCUAAGAAUCUGUCGUCACAGUGAAGGUGAAUACAGUUCUGCUUUAAAACUGAAGUCUAGAAAGAGCUCUUGGGUGUGU